AUGUACAGACUGCGCGAUCUAGACACGUCCAGUGGAAGGCAACAGCGCGAUAUUCAUCGCUUUACUGACUGGCUGGGCCACUUACAAGGGUUCGGUUGUACAGUGCUGAUAACGGACGCGCCAACUGUCGUCAGGUACUGUACCUCGCGCCGUGAGCACUCUUUGCAGCGCGCCGUAGGUACCGACGUUAAACUCGUCUUUUCUCCUCCUGGUCUUGCUCACGCUGCCACUGUCCCAGGCAUUCAAAACUAUGCCAUAGCCCGCCACUGCCAUCUCCCGCCUUUUCCCCCUCCCCCCAUCGAACAGACAUCGUCGCCAUCAUGUUCGAUUUCACCCUCUAAAUCCGUCCCAAGCGACUCUCCGAAGUCUGCUCUGGAUCGUAACAAUCAAUCAAUCAACGACCCUCAAUCAGGCCGCAGCGGCAUUCACUUGCACCUUGCGACUUUUCACAGACUCAUUCUCUCUUGCCGCCUGACGGUGCAGAAAAAAAGAGUCACAGUUUUGAACUCUCCUACGAGUUCCUCCACCACAACACACAGCGCAGCACUGCCUGGGUCCAGUCCAGUCCAGUCGAGCCCAGCCAAGCCGAGCCGAGAGCCCAAGCCCGAAGGUACCAACCUUGCCUCCCACCCCGGCUUUUGCCCGCUUGUCCUUGGCCCUGACCCAGAAAGAUCGCCUUCUCAUCCUUUUUUCCACGUCACGUCUCUUCUGUCUAUCCAUCUACCUAUUACACUUUUACUUUGUUCAAAUUCUAUUUCUGUCACUGCUACUGUACCUACUACUACCACACUAUCUGUAUACUCUCAUUGUUACUGUUCCCCUGCUAGCCCAGGCUACAGCCCGCUAUCAGCUCCUUCGCCACACUCACUCACUCACUGCACAGGCUACCGCCGCGCACACACUCUCUCACGCUCUCUCCGAGAUCGCCAGUUGGCUCCCGCCUACUACACGCCCCCACCGAACUUGCUCGGGCUCGCCACCGUGCAAAUCGAAAAGAGUCACAUCCCACUACGCCAGGCUGUCACUCACCACCUCAACGCCUCACGCCUCGCCCCUUAG